AUGGCCACUGGUGGUCUAAAGAGCCUGUUGUCCACGGCAAUCACUACUGGGGUGACUGAGGCUAGGGCGAGGAUAUUCGGGCACAUACUCAACCCAACAGGCCAGAAAUCUGCCCAUAAGAUUUUACGCAAGAAGUUGAUUGGUGAGAAAGUUGCCCAGUGGUACCCAUAUGACAUCAAGAAAGAUGACCCCCAAAUCAUGGCUAUGGAAGAAAAAGAGCGAUUAUCCAAGCUUGAAAUGUUGAAGCGUCGAGGAAAAGGACCACCCAAGAAGGGUCACGGAAGGCGUGCUGCCAAACGUAACAAAAAGUAG